AUGGCAGACGUCACUACUCCCACUCCAAAAACCUUCAAUCCCUUCAAGCGCCUGCCGCCCGAGCUCCGCACUCUGAAAUGGGAAUUCGCAUGGCCUGAUCUUCGCCUGCACCAUGCGGUCAGACUGUGUCCCGCGGCAGAGUGUCACUGGAAGCUGUACUGCGGCGACGAUUCCGACCGCGCGUAUACGGAGAUGAAGCCCGCAUCGCUGAAGAUCAUGAUGCCGGCGAUGACGGCGGCGAACCGCGAGGCGCGCGCUCUCUCCCGGAAGUUGGUCAGGCGCUCCCUGUACGAGUAUUUCGAACCGUGUCCGACGGCCACCCUGACACCACCCAGUGAAGAAUCCGACCCCUGGCUGGCGUUCGACUGGCGCACGCGUCGCUACACCUUCCGCCGGCUUUACGCUUCUGACACGGUCGUCUACCUAUCGCCCGCGGAAUUCGAAGCAAUUCUCCUGGCCAGAAUAAGAUGCCAAAAUUCGCGGUCAUAUCUCUUUGAGACGAUCGCGGUACCGCUGACGCUGCUCCAACGGCACUCCGAGGCGUUGCGUGUGCUGAGCGAGUACUUCACCCGGCUUAGCUACGUGAUGGUCGUCGUGAAUGAUCUCGAUGACCGGCAGAAUCAAACUGAGCAACAGCAAGAGCAACAGCCUGACCGGCAGCAUGAGCGGCCGCAGAGCUGGUGGGGCCAGUUCGUGCAGUGGAGUAGCGGCGCGGCCCAGGAAGAAGGCCAACAGCGGCAGCAGCAGCCGAAGAGGAAUAACACGAAGAAAACAGGCUGGUGGGUCGAUAACUCGCACUGGGCGCAGGGGAAGUAUCUAGGCCCGGAUCCGGCCACCCCCGGGGUUGGGGAUUGGAUCCAUGAAGAGAAGGCCAUGCUCAAGACGAACGUCUACAGCAUCAUCCAACGGGCGUAUCGGCGAGUUCCUGCCUUGGAUCGUGCGCAGCUUCGGGUCUGCCCGGUUCGGGCCUGUCACAAGGAGGACGGCUGGAUUGGCAUGGCUUCCGGAAGCAGGUAUAGCGGCAUGGAUAUGGCCCUCCAGGUCUCGCCGAUUGAGCCCCUGUUGCUGACAGCGCCUGAUGGUCCGAUAAUCAGUAUAUAUUCGGAACCCAAAGUAGUAUUAUCCCGGCACUCCUUCGUUAUCGAGUCAAAACCAGAGGGAGAAAGCUUUGUCUUCUUUAUGGUCUUCUUCUUUCUUACUUUGCUCCCUGAAAUCGCGUUCAUCUAUCUACUCAAUCUCAUCGCCCACCUCCUUUGCGCAUCAAAAUACUGCACAUAUUCCCUCGAUCCUCUGAUCGUGGCUCACUACAUGAUCCCGUACUUCUCGGGUCUUACUGAGAAUUCUCUGCUCAGCAGUCUGAGUCUACAUGAUUGA